GCUGAUGACGCUUCCAGACUGUUGGAAGGAUGUCGUAUAUCAUGAACUUGUUGGUUCAUGAGGAUCGCAUGAGGUUAAUGAAUGCGGAGGAAGGGAGCAGUGAGGUUAAAGAGGCAUUCAAGGAAAAGGAGUACGAAGGGGAAUAUAAGAAGAUAGGCAUGUGGUUGAAUGGGGAAUUGGACGAAAGUGAGGUUGAUCCGGUUGUGCGGGAGACAAGCAAAGGAUUCGUUGUUCGUGACGGUCAUCUCUUUAAGAAGGCUGCUGAUGGUGUCCCAAAGAGGGUGGUAUGCGGGAUCUCUCGGCAGUUGGAUGUGAUUGCUGCCCUGCAUGAUGGGGUAGCCGGCGGACACAGAUCUGCGCGGGUAACUUUGAACAAAAUCCAACGCCUUUAUUUACGGGAAGGGAUGAGCAAGAUGGUGAUCGAUUUUUGUAAAUCUUGUUUCCCUUGCCAGCAGAGGUCUAACAUCCGCUACCUCGAGCCCCUGAAUCCGCGUUAUAUGGCGGAGCCAGAUGCGGUGGUGCAUUUGGAUCUCUUCGUAAUGCCACCUGGUAUAAAUGGGUACAGAUGCAUUCCCAGAGGCUUGAACUUGGCAAUGCUGCUGAGGCUGGCUAUUAAAGCCAGCAGUCCACCCAGCAGCCUCACAAGUUGUGGCAAUGCUGCUGAGGCAUUCACUUGGGUGAAUGUUGGCUGGGCGCUGCUGGUGGAGAUGCUGGAGGUGCUGGCGAAGGAGGAGGUCUGCAAGAAGGAGGAGGAGGAGGAGGUGGCGGCUGCCAUAGCCGCCACCUUGAUGCAAGCGGUGCAGGGGGAAACUCUGCCCGGCGGCGGCAGGGGUUCGGCUGGCGGUGUAGGGGAGAUGCUGCAUGGCUUUUUUGGCAGCGGCAUCCAUCAUUGAAGUCUGUAGAAGAGGUGCUGUCCGCUUGGCACGGCGACGGCGGUGCUUUUAUUAGCGGUAGUGCGGAAGCGCUGCCGAAAUU